AUGUUAACUAAAAUCUCACAUUUCAUUUCUUCAAUAAAACAACAUGUUGUUUGUGGACCAAGUUCAUAUAAUAAUGAGGAAAAGACAUCAUUUCGAUAUGUUCUUGAACAUCAACCGAUGAGUCGUCGUGGUUAUAUUGUCAAUGCACGUACAGAAAAACGAGAAGUUUUUGUACCGAAGACUGAUGUACCAAGCCCAGAAACUUAUCAAAUGGAUUUAAAUAUAAUACCAGAAAAGAAAAGAGCAUUUAAACCAUUUAAUGCUGCUUCUGAUAGAUUUCCAAUAGUUGCUAGAAGUACUGAUAUUCCUGGACCCGGUAGUUAUGAAUGUGAUGUUAAACAGAAUCGUCAAGUACAUAUGCUUCAUAGUUUUGGUGGUCGAACAAAAUUAAUACCAGCUAUUAAAACGAAAUGUAUGCCAUUAAAUAAGGAUAAGUGUGUAAUUUGUCUUAAACAACCUGUUGGAGAUUAUUAUCAAUAUCGAAAUGAAAUAUUAUGUGCUAAUUGUUUUAAUUUUAAUUGGCUAUGGCAAGAAAAAUUUAAAAGAACAUAUCUUCAAGCCUUUCAAAAAGUUCGUGAUUGUUCACAUAUGCAUGAACAUUCUGGUACUUCUGCUCGAAUUCAACUUGUUGACGAUCGAAUAAUGAAAAAACUUCAACGUAAAGAAGCUUAUUUAAGUCUUUAUUGGCCAUGA